AUCUAACAUAACCCCGAAAUCUAAAAGCUAUGAAGCUUACUUCUUCUUUCUUCCCUCUCCUUCUCCUCCUCCUCCUCCCGCUUUUAGCUUCAUGCGUUGAAAAGCAGGUGUACAUAGUCUAUUUCGGAGAACACAAAGGUGAUAAAGAACUGCAUGAGAUUGAAUCUCUCCAUCAUUCUUACCUUCUCUCGGUUAAAGACUCUGAAGAAGAAGCCAAAUCUUCGCUUUUGUACAGCUAUAAGCACAGCAUCAAUGGCUUUGCCGCCACGUUAACAGCUGAAGAGGCCUCUAGACUCGAAAAAUUGGAAGAAGUGGUGUCCGUGUUCAAGAGUCAUCCGAGAAAGUUCGAGCAGCACACAACAAGGUCAUGGCAGUUUCUGGGGUUGGAGGAAGAUGAAGACGAUGAUAGACAUAACAAAAACAAUGUUAAUGGCCGGUUUAGGAUCGGAAGAAAGGUUCUGAAAAAGGCCAAAUACGGCGAUGGAAUCAUCGUCGGUGUCCUUGAUAGCGGCGUGUGGCCAGAAUCGAAGAGCUUCAGUGACAAAGGGAUGGGUCCCGUCCCAAAGUCAUGGAAAGGAACCUGCCAAACCGGGACUGCUUUUAACUCUUCCCACUGCAACAGGAAAAUUAUAGGAGCCAGGUACUACGUGAAAGGGUACAUGAACGGAUACGGAACCUUCAACGUGACUGCCAACAAAGACUUCCUCUCCCCACGUGAUCCCGACGGUCACGGCUCCCACACCGCCUCAAUGAGGAGAGCCGCCGCCAUUGGUGGCUUUGCCCGAGGGACCGCAUCGGGCGGAGCCCCUAAGGCCCGUCUCGCCAUCUACAAGGCGUGCUGGGCGAAACCCGACUCGGAAAAAGUGGACGGCAACAUCUGUUUCGAAGAGGACAUGUUGGCCGCCAUUGAUGACGCCAUCUCUGACGGCGUCCACGUCAUCAGCGCUUCCAUUGGGACCACCGAGCCUCUGCCUUUUUCGCAGGACGGUAUCGCAAUAGGGGCUUUACACGCCGUCCGCCGGAACAUCGUGGUCGCUGCCAGUGCAGGAAAUUCCGGCCCGAAGCCGGGAACCCUGUCAAAUCCAGCGCCAUGGAUUAUUACCGUUGGAGCUAGUAGCCUCGACCGGAGUUUCAUCGGCGGUUUGGUUCUUGGGAACGGUUUUACCGUCAAGACGGAGUCGGUUACGUCAUACAAGAUGGACAACUUUGCGCCGCUGGUCUAUGCUGCUGACGUGACCAUUCCUGGAGCCGUCGCGGCCAACAAUACAGCACAAUGUUUACCCAACUCGUUAUCACCAAAGCUAGUGAAGGGAAAGGUGGUAUUGUGUUUGAGAGGGGCCGGUUCAAGAAUCGGUAAGGGUCUUGAGGUGAAACGAGCCGGAGGGGCCGGUUUGAUCCUAGGCAACGCCCUGGCCAACGGCGACGACGUCCCCCUCGAUCCCCAUUUCGUUCCAGCCGCCGGAGUCAUCCCUUCCAUAGUGGACAAGAUCCUAUAUUACAUCAGAACCGAUAAAAAACCGAUCGCUCUCAUCAAACCGGGAGAAACGGUUUACCAGUCCCAACCGGCUCCAUUCGUGACUGGAUUCUCUAGCCGCGGCCCAAACGUCAUAGACCCCAAUAUCCUCAAGCCGGAUAUAACGGCUCCGGGACUGAACAUACUGGCGGCAUGGAGCGGAGCUGAUUCUCCCACCAAAAUAUCGGUGGACCGAAGAGUUGUGGAAUUCAAUCUGUAUUCAGGAACAUCCAUGUCUUGUCCUCAUGUUUCAGGAGCAAUUGCUCUUCUCAAAGCCAUACAUCCCAAUUGGAGCAGUGCCGCUAUCAGAUCUGCCAUCAUGACCACAGCCUGGAUGACCAAUGACCAGGAAAAACCGAUCCAAGAUGUGAAUGGUUUACCCGCGAAUCCAUUUGCAAUCGGUUCAGGGCAUUUCAGACCAACAAAAGCAGCGGAUCCCGGUUUAGUCUAUGAUGCAUCAUACCAAGACUACCUUCUCUAUUGCUGUUCUGUCGGAUUAACCAAUGUUGACCCAGAAUUCAAAUGCCCCAAGAAACCUCCUCCCGGCUAUAACCUGAAUUACCCGUCAAUCUCAAUCCCUAAUCUCAGCAGAAGAAUAAGGGUAAGGAGAAGUGUUACAAAUGUUGGAUCCAGUAAUGGAACGAGUACUUACUUCUUCAGUGCAAAACCGCCAUUGGGUGUCUCGGUUACAGCUAAACCGAGUAUAAUGAAGUUCAACCGGGUCGGCCAGAUAAAGCGGUUUACCAUAACGGUUAAGCUGCAGAAGGGCCAACUGGCUGGUGAGGUCCAGAAGGGUGAGUUCCUCUUUGGAUGGUAUACUUGGACAGACAACCACCACACUGUCAGAAGUCCCAUUGCUGUAUCCUUAGCUUAGGUGUUUCAAGAACUUUUAGUUUUUCGAUUUAUACAAGAAUUUAAACACAAAAAAGAAAAAAAAAUCUUCAAGAGAUUGAAUCAAUCUCCUGAACUGAUUUGGAUAAAGGAUGACACGUAUAUACAUGUAUCUGUCUUCAAUGACAGAGAAAUUAAUCUUCUUAAUAAAGUAUCUUUGAACUCUAUAACUCGUUCGCCAAUGCAGCGGAGUGUCAGUGAGGUACCUCUUAAGAACCAGUUUCUGCUUUUCGUCAGGGCCUAGU